AUGAGCAGCGGCGGCAGCAUGGAUCACCAUGACACCGCCGAUCCAUUCUCCUACUACGACCAACCUGCAGGGUCCAUGGAUGGCGACCACAUGUCCUCUCUAAAAGAGCUCACCGAUGGCUUCUCCGAUGAGCGCACCCUCGGCACCGGUGCCUACGGCAAAGUCUACAUGGGUGUACAUGAAUAUGGGAAGAAGAUUGCUGUCAAGAUGUUCCACGACGACACGCCCACACAUGCUGAUGGUGGUCAUGAGCAGUUCCAGAAGGUGUUCAGCAACCUUAAGAGGCUCCGACACCAGAACAUCGUGAAGAUGCUUGGGUACUGCUAUGAAACUCAGCAAAAACACAUGGAGUAUGACGGGAGAAAGAUUUUCAGUGAAAAGACACAGAGAGCGCUCAGUUCCGAGUAUAUGCACAACGGAGACCUUGACAAGUAUCUUCUUUCUGAUAAAUACAAAGGAGAUACUUGGCAGACAUGCUAUGGAAUGAUUAAGGGGAUUUGCAAGGGUUUGAAAUACCUUCACGAGGACUUGGAAUCUCCUAUUUAUCAUUUGGAUCUAAAGCCACCCAAUGUGUUGCUGGAUGAGAAACUUGUGCCGAAGCUUGCGGAUUACGGCUUGUCAAGGCUAUCUGGAGAUGAGCAGACACAAAUCAUGAAAUGUUUCAUGGGAACAAUUCGGUACGUGCCACCAGAAUACAUAUUCAGCUUGGGGGCUAUCAUCAUAAAGAUACUUGCAGGACCGAUGAGUUACUCAAAACGUGCCGAGAUUUCCACCCAGCAAUUCGUUGAGCUUGUACAUGGAAAUUGGAGGGAUAAGCUCCAUGCUACAUCAACAUAUGCAUUGGAGGUAUAUUCUGAGCAAGUAAGGAGCUGCAUAGAAAUAGCUUUAAGUUGUGUAGAGGCUGACCAAUGCAAAAGGCCGAGCAUUGGAGAAAUCGUUGAUAAGUUAAUUCAGACGGAGACUGCGAUUCACAAAAUGACCCAAUCACCAGGAACAUCAAUGGAUCAGGUGUGGUCCUUUAUGACACAACUUUUUACUAUGCAUUUCAUCUAUUUCAUUUUCCCCGUCAAAUAAAAUUAAAAGCAUAAUUUAAACAUAUAGCUGGUGCAUCAUGUUGGGAUAUAUUAUGUAGAUGGGCUCCUGCUUGCUGGAUGCAUCUGAAAAGAGAGGAAGAGAGUUGUUAGGUGUCCAUCCCCUCCAGCUCCGAUUCCCCUUUGAACCGAAUAAGUUGAUCCCCUGCCAACUUAAUCUAACGAACAACUCAGAUGAGUAUGUCGACUUUAGGUGUGUCCCAAAAAACCCCAAGAGUUUCUUGAAUGGACUGUCGCGGCUCCAUGGAAGCAUGCUGCCAAACACCAGUUGCAUAUACGUUGUAACGAUGGAAAAGCACCAGCAACCACCUGCAAACAUGGUCACUCUUGAUGUUAUCCUAGAGAGCUGGGUAGGAUAUAGAUACACGUGUGG